GCAGAACCAUCUAUGGGCUUGGCAAUGGUUAACCAGAAGCUUGCGGUGCUGGGAGAAUUUCUAGUCAAAUGGGGAGGAACUAUGCUUGUGACUUUUGUGCUUAUUAGCACAUACUACUCGUGCGUGCAUGUCAUUGCAGAAAAUAUGUACGAUAACCCGACCCACAUCUAUUGGUUGACAUUGGUCGCCAAACUCAUCAUUUUGGAAAUCGCCGUCAAUCUGGCCUGCUUUGUCUAUUAUGCACGAUAUAACAGUGUGACAUAUUGGCAUCGGAAAUCGUGUGUAGCUGACCUAAGGGUGUAUGCGGAAGAUAACGAAGCGCAACCAGAAGUUGAAUAUGCGUGUGCACAGCCAACUGUCGAGCGACAUCUCAGCUGGGAACCGGCAAACGAAAGCGGAAGCAAAUUCUGUUUCACUUGCAACAAGGAAGCACCUCAGCGAAGUCAUCAUUGUCCUCUGUGCAAAAUGUGUGUUCUCCGCAAAGAUCAUCACUGUUUCAUCACUGGAGCAUGCGUUGGGCUAGGUAACCAGAGAUACUUCAUGGUUUUUCUUUUUUGGUGUGCAAUCGGCUUGACCAUCGCUAUGCCACAUUUGUUUUUCUACAUGAAUACUGAAGUCGCUUACUGGUACCCAUUCGGAUUUGUAUACUACAUCGGACCAAUCGCAGUGGUUCGCUGGAUCUUGGGAUAUGUGCCUUUCAGUCAAGCAUGCUUCUCGACUCUUUUCUCAUUUGCAGGCGCAUCCCUUAUAACUGCUGGCGGGUUUUUCGGAAUGCAGGUUUACUAUACAAGUCAAGGAUACACCAUGUAUGAGUGGCACAAUCUCACAGUUCGAGCAACAUUCCUAGGGGACGGAGAAAACAUGGGAGAACGGCUUCGACUAGUGUUCGGUAAGCAUUGGGCUCUGAAUUUCCUCAUACCCCUGCCGUGGAAUCUACCUGUCUUAACACCUGCAAUUUCUGAUAGUCUUUUCCGUGUGAGGAGCAAAGUUCUUUGAUUCUUUUUCCCUCCUUUCGCUUGUACAUGUAUGUACUUAACACAUUGUCAAAACUAGUUAUUAUUCACACGCUUACGGGACACUUUUUCUCUCUUUUAACCUUUUUUCUCUUUUUUCUUUCAGAUUCUCAUGUUUUUUUGCAUUUGCUUUAUUUUCAGAUAAAAUUUUUUAUUUAUAAUAUAAUUUUUAUUCAAAUCAAAAUAUGAAGUUUUAUCAGUU